AUGCACCUCUUAUCUGCCGUUUGUAUCCUUGGUUUAUCUGCCAUAGUCAAUGCGGACGGCGGGUACUCCGGCAGUUGUAAAAACCCUAUCAUGUUCGAUUCGAGCUUGAACAUCCAAUGUGCCGGCUCUGAUGAUAAGGGAAGCUUCUGGGAGACAUCCGUACUUGAUUUGAACAAGUGUUACGCUACCAUCGCGGAUGCUUCUAUUGUCCCCCGCAUCAAUGGAAAUUUCAUGAAACGAUGCGGUUACUGCGAUGUUGACAGUGGUGGUGAAUUGUCCUGUUUCUGCUUCGAUGGCGAUGAUAACCGGAGCCUGCAAAAGGCUGAUCUGAAUGUUGCUAUUCGCAACAGCAACGGACUUAUUCACUGCGAUGUUGAAGAGGGAGGCGUUACUUCGACGUCUCUGCAGAAGGAAUAUAAUGACUAG